GGAUGAUCAAGUUUAUCGUAUCACAGCCACAGCCCAAAGGUAGGUAGAGGGGAGAGAGUCUCAUCCUACUCUUGCUACUCGCACGUUUGUGCGCUCAAAGGUUAUAUAACAACCACACCAGAUCUUUUCGCCUUGGAGCGGCGCCAUCCCCCGCAGACUUAUCGUCCCUGUGAUAAACUCUCUUCGAAGAUAUCGAAGCAACAAGCGAUCUAGGACUGUCAACUUCUUGCAUCAACUACCGAGACCAACUGCAUCUCACCAUUCAACAUGCCGGUAACAGGCUCCAUCCCGCCCGAACCCUCUGCCGGCUCUCCAUCAUCUGCCAUUUUGCCUGUCCUCAAUCGCGAUCACGACAACACCGCCAUUCCAACCACUGCACUCUCGUCGUCCUCUUCAUCCUCAUCUCCAUCGAACGCGGCACCCAACAAAUGUACAGGAUGUCAAGAUAACAUCGAAUCCACGUCCACCCCGUUCGUCCUAGGAGGGAGCAUCGGGGACGUUCUGCGUAGAGAAGCGGGUUCGAUGAUUUCGGGUCGGGUGGGGAAUGGCGCAGAUGUAGAUGUCGGGCCCGAGAUUACGGGUGAUGGUAGAUCUGCUGGAAGGGACGCGGGAUCGGGAACGAUGAUGGACGAUGGAGAUGAUACGGGAGCAAGAAGGGAUGAGGAAGGGGGGCUGUGUGCUCGUUGUCUAGAAUCGAGGGAUCGGAUGGGAAUGGGAACGGGUACUGGGGACGAGGUGCAUAUACCACGAGCUUUGACUACAUCUGCCACCACAACAUCCGCCAAUGAUACCAACAACUCCAAUGCCAACCCGAACACGACGAACUCUUUCCCAUCCGUCCGACCCUCCGCCCCAGUCCCCAUCCAAGACCCCGCCUCCUUUACCUCGCCGACAACAGCCUACCCGCCUUUCGUACCCUCGUCAUUCUUUCCACCGGGACUCAUUGAGAAUGUACCUUCGACGAGUUCUACGGCUUAUACGCAGAUCUUGACACCGGUCGGCGGACUUCGUGAGAGGGAUGUGGGGAUCAACAUCGACAUCGAUGGUGACAACGAAGCGCAUGCCCCGGCUGCCGUCGACCCGCAAAAUGGAAAUCGAGAUGAAGAACAAGAUCUGAAACAGCACGUCUAUCCCGACCCUUGUGAGCCCGCUCCAUCAGUUUUCCGACAUGGCCCUUCCACUCCUCCCACCCGGACCUCUUACCCCCAUACCGAACACCUUCCCAACCCCUUGCUCGAUAUCGGCCGUCUCCGCCGCCCCUCCCAAGGCCGUGGCACCCUCUAUCCAGGCUCCAUCUUCAGGGGGAAACAAACUUCGGGAAGGUCGUCUUACGAAGUCGAAGUCAGGAUCCUCGACGUAGACUUCCCCUCGUCCACCCUCUCUGGCUACCUCUCCAUCUCACACUUGACCGACACGCACCCGAAACUGACGACCUUUUUCAGUGGGGAGAUUGUCGGCGAACAAUACGGCUUCUUGACAGGGACGCGGUAUUACGCGCAGGCGACCGAGCAGGAUGAUCUGAGGCAUUGGAGCAGGUUCGAUAGGUUCCACGAGGUCAAGGGGGAACUGAGACGGCCGGGAUUGACGAUGAGCGAGAUGGAGCGGUGUCCUGUGUCUUCCAGCUCGGGCUCUACCUCAGCCGCUCCGGGGAAGAGGGAACGCCCGUACGUCUUUAUGCGCUGGAAAGAAAGGUUCCUCGUCCCGGACCACAAGGUGAGGGAUAUCUCCGGGGCAUCCUUUGCCGGGUUUUAUUACCUGCAGUUGGAGCUCGAGGAACCGAGGACGUCUUCCGGCCCGUUAGGCGCGGGAGGGAAUAUCGGAGGAGGUGCGGGAUCGGGCGGAGGAAGGAAGAGCGAGACGGUCUACCUGAAUGGGAGGCCGGGAGCGAGGGGUUCAGGUAUGGAUAUGGAGAUGGACGAAGAGGCGGCUGGAGUGUCGACGACAAUGGAGCAACCUCCUGCGGCCCGAUCGACCUUGCCCUCCAGCCCACCGGGGAUCCCUAGUCCCGCUUCCCCAGCACGAAGCGAGGGUAGACGCAGGUUGUUGGCGGCGGCAAGGGCGACGUGGAAGAACGACCGGGAUGCGCGCGGAGAUGGGGAGAAUGGGGUGCCGGUCUUGAAGGGAUACUACUUCCACCAUCAAAACUCUGAGCCGUUCCAAGAACUUUCCCUGUGCCACGUGCCUCAACGAGGGAGCGGGUCUUUCGAACUCCGAUGACGCCCGCCGUCUCGCUUCCGUCUGCUACUCCCGUUUCCUAUUCUCGACACCUUCUUGCCCUGUUUCCGCCAUUCCAAAUCGCGUUUUGAGAGUAAUCCUAUACCUUCUGUAACUGAACGGUCGUGACACGUUGUAUAGACUUUUUGUGUCUUUUUCGGUCGGAAACAAAGUCUUGUAUCGAACGAGAUGUAGUGUAUUGGUUAAUCAGAUGAUUUGUGAUCGUGA